AAUUUUGUCCAAAACCAAGGGUAGUCAUAGAAACCCAUAAAGCUAGCUGAUGUCCCCCACAUCCAUUUCUCAUCUGAUUCUUACACUUUCCUUAGUUUCUUUUUAUACUUCUAAGGGAGUUGUAACCUGUGAAUCUUGAAUUACACAUUCAAAAUCUCUUACAUUUCUCUCUCUAAAACUUCAGGAGAGAGAGAGAGAGAGAGAGAGAGAGAGAGAGAGAGAGAGAGAGAGAGAGAGAGAGAGAGAGAGAGAGAGAGAGAGAGAAUGGCAGCGUGCACAGUAUACACACUCCAAGCUCUCAACACAACAUGCUCGAUCUCAACACCCACAAAAACCCACCUGGGAUUCAACCAAAAGCGAGUCUUUUUCUACAGCAAUGGAGGUAAAGGGACAAGUAGUGGCAAGAUGAGAGGUGGUGAAAUAACAUGCUCAGGGGACACAAUAGUAAUCGGACUUGCAGCCGAUUCUGGGAGUGGGAAAAGUACCUUCAUGAGAAGGUUGACCAGUGUUUUUGGAGGUGCAGCUUCCCCUCCAAAAGGAGGGAAUCCCGACUCAAAUACACUCAUAAGCGAUACAACUACAGUCAUAUGUCUGGAUGAUUACCAUUCUUUGGACAGAACUGGAAGGAAAGAAAAGGGAGUGACUGCACUUGAUCCACGAGCCAAUGACUUUGAUCUUAUGUAUGAACAGGUUAAAGCUCUUAAAAAUGGUGUUGCUGUUGAGAAGCCGAUUUAUAACCAUGUUACUGGUCUUUUGGAUCCUCCUGAACUCAUCAAAUCCCCUAAGAUUCUUGUCAUUGAAGGUCUUCACCCAAUGUAUGAUCCGAGAGUUAGAGAUCUCCUAGACUUCAGUAUCUACUUGGACAUCAGUAACGAAGUUAAAUUCGCCUGGAAAAUUCAGAGAGACAUGGCAGAGAGAGGACACAGUCUUGAAAGCAUUAAAGCUAGUAUCGAGGCUAGAAAACCAGAUUUUGAUGCUUAUAUUGAUCCUCAAAAGCAAUAUGCAGACGCGGUUAUUGAAGUGUUGCCUACACGUCUGAUUCCAGAUGACAACGAGGGAAAAGUGUUGAGAGUGAAGCUGAUCAUGAAAGAAGGAGUUCCAUACUUUAAUCCUGUGUACUUAUUCGAUGAAGGUUCCACAAUCUCAUGGAUCCCAUGCGGGAGGAAGCUCACUUGUUCGUAUCCUGGCAUCAGCUUCUCAUAUGGCCCAGACGCUUACUUUGGGCAUGAGGUUUCGGUGUUGGAGAUGGAUGGGCAGUUUGAUAGACUAGAUGAACUCAUCUAUGUUGAAAGCCAUUUGAGUAACAUCUCAACAAAAUUCUAUGGUGAAAUCACACAACAAAUGUUGAAGCAUGCUGACUUUCCGGGUAGCAAUAAUGGCACUGGUCUCUUUCAAACCAUUGUAGGGUUGAAGAUCCGGGACUUGUUUGAACAAAUUGCAGCUAAAAGGGAGUCGACUCCACUUCAAUCUACAAAAAGUUAAAUAUUAUAAACAAGCGGUUUCUGAGUGUUUCAAUCGCAUAUGUAUUUAAGUUCCAGCUGUGUAUUGGAGAUGUGUACGUAAUAUAAAGGAAUCCAAUUCAUAAAUGAUAACUUUAAUUUAAGAUACGUAAAAGCAGUAUCAUUUGCA